CAGUUUUGUUUAAAACAUUCAUCACUCAAAGGCGAGCUACUAUAAAUAGGGAGGCUUAGCCAUCUGGCGCUCAGUCGUCAACGCUCUCUAGCCACACCGAAACUCGAAAUUCUCUCCGCUCUAAUCAGAUUGAUAAUGGCUGCCAAAGUUUACAUCGUAUAUUACUCUAUGUAUGGACAUGUGGAGAAACUAGCAGAAGAGAUAAAGAAAGGGGCUUCAUCUGUUGAAGGUGUUGAAGCCAAACUGUGGCAAGUGCCUGAAACUCUGUCAGAUGAGGUUCUAGCAAAAAUGAGUGCGCCUCCAAAGAGUGAUGUACCUAUUAUUACACCUAAUGACCUGGCUGAGGCUGAUGGCUUUGUUUUUGGCUUCCCUACAAGGUUCGGCAUGAUGGCUGCUCAGUUUAAAGCAUUUCUUGAUGCAACUGGAGGUCUAUGGAGAACACAACAGCUGGCUGGCAAGCCUGCUGGCAUAUUCUACAGCACUGGAUCCCAAGGUGGUGGGCAGGAGACAACACCCUUGACUGCCAUCACUCAGCUCGUUCACCAUGGGAUGAUCUUUGUGCCCAUUGGAUACACAUUUGGUGCUGGCAUGUUCGAAAUGGAGAGUGUCAAAGGUGGAAGUCCUUACGGUGCUGGAACUUACGCAGGGGACGGCUCCAGACAGCCAUCUGAACUCGAACUACAGCAGGCUUUACACCAGGGGAAAUACAUUGCCGCCAUCGCCAAGAAGCUCAAGAGUGCUGCCUAAUUACUUCUCUCAUACAUUAUUCCUAGUCGCAUUCUUUUUUAAUUAUAAUCUUUUAACUCCCGAAGGUCGUCUACAACUUAUAUCUUUGAUUCAGUGAUUGUGAAAUCUUUCUUGUGUACACUUUGUGUAUUAUAUGCUAUUGAGGACUAUAUCUCCAUCUGCAUCAAUUGGUAUAACAAUUGGUUCAAGUA